UGACUUUAUUGGUAUUGUCAGUUAUUUGGUCAAUUUAAUGCUCCGCCAUGUUUAAUGGAAACGUAAACGGAAUAGAAAGCGGUUGCUCAGUUAAAGUAAAAAAUUAAGUUAAGACACCAGAUACUUAAAAUCCUUAAGCAAGUUAUGUGAGUUGUUGCACAGCCUUUAAACAUCGUAAACGUUUACUAAAAAACAAAAUUUCUCGAAAAUGACUCCGUUUCGAUUAUACGUUACUCACGUAGACUGUGAAGGCCCUUUUCUGAGAAUAAGUGGGCAGCUAGAUCAGCAGUCUUCACUUAUGGUGGAAAGCUUGUUCGAGGCUGCACGCGAAAACUUGGAAAACGGUGUCGGUGCUGUCCCCCCGGCCGCUAUUCAUGACGGUGUCAUUUGUGCCGCUAAAUACAAAGACGGUACAUAUUACAGAGCGAAAGUGAUAAGCACUACGAAUCUGGCGACAGGCAUUGUCGGAGUUCAUUUCAUCGACUUCGGAAACAAAGACAAUAUUUCGCUAAGUACUAUUAGAUUUUUGGACAGCUAUGAUCCUAUGUUUAUGCAAUUGAGAGGUCAAGCCAAUGACUAUUAUCUAUCACGGGUUGUGAGUCCUCUGGGAAGAUGGGAGGAGCCAUUGCUUUUGAAACUACAGAGCCUUUUAUGUUAUGCUGAAUAUGCUGCUACUAUUGAAGCUCAUACCAGAUCUUUACCAUUAAUAUCGAUUCAGUUUAAAGGAAAUGAUCUAUCAACUCAUUUAGUCUCAGUGCGUAUAGGAGUUGCACUUCCAUUAGCAAAGCAAGAAGUGCUCCUGUUGCAAAUGUCUGGUGAAAGCCAGCAGCAAGGAAAUUGGCAAAAAAAUAGUGAAUCUGCAUCUUAUACAGAGCAUGUUCCGUUUUUGAUCAAUCAAAACUUUCCUUCAAAUCCUGCAUCAGCAAUGCGCCUACAACAAAAUGUGUCUGUACCAUUCAAUGGAAAUGUACCUCCCCCUUCUCUGAUCAGUCAACGAUUACUAGUCAAUAAAGCCUCUAGAAACACUGUAAACUUGAAACCAGUGCGACAACCACAACAUGCAACUCAAGUAGCAGCUAGUAUUAGUUCUAUACCAAGUAAUAGAGGUGCUGCAACUUCUCCUCCAUCAAAUAAAUUAGGUUCACCUAAAAAAUCUACCACUUACAAGAGUAGACUUUUGGAAGUAAAUUCUCAGCAUAAAGUUUUUGUGUCAUUUGCUGAAGAAGGUCCUGAACUUUUUGCUGUUCAGCUGGCAGCUGAUGCUCAAAAGUUGCAGGAUAUGAUGGAUGAUAUAAAUAGAAGACCACACAGAAGUUUAACUGAGCCUCCCAUGAUUGGCACAGUAUGUCUUGGCAGAAUGUCUGGAGAUCGUAUAAUUUGUAGAGCAAUAGUAAUGAAUCUCUCAGGAUCCCAGUGUAAAUUAUUUUUUGUUGACUUUGGAGAUACGGAAAUGGUAUCCUACUAUGAUAUCUUUGACAUACCUGAAGAGUUUGUGAAGCCUAAUGUAUUUGCUAUGAGGUUUUGUUUGUCAAAGGUGAAAGAAUUAGAAAAAGGGCUUCAUUUGAAUGAAACUUUCAAACACCUUGUGAGUGGGAAAGUCCUGACACUAAAAGUUGUGUCUCCAGAGGGUCCCCCAUUGAUACAGUAUGGGGAACUUUAUUUAGAUAACAAGAACAUUCUUGAUAUUUUGAUGGCAAACAUGAAAGAUAAGUUGCAAUUUAAAUGGUUGGAAAUGCUUCCGUUGGGAACAAGACAGUCUGUCUUAGUAUCUUAUGUAGACAGUUGUAUUAAGUUUUAUAUGCAGCUCUCUGAUAAGAUAGAUGAAUUAAAACUUGUUAUGGCAGCAGUAAAAGUACACUGUGAGAAUAGUUCGUCACCUGGAGAGCUCCCGGUUGGUGCAGCAUGUUGUGCACGGUUUCCUGAUGAUGAUGCGUGGUACCGAGCCACAGUGAGGCACACUGAAGGAAAUAAAGUAGUUGUUGCAUAUGUAGACUAUGGCAAUGAACAAGAAGUUGAUGUGUCCGACCUUAGGACAAUUACACCUGAACUGGUGAAACUACCUGCACAGGCCAUGAAAUGUGCACUCAAGGGUUUUGAAAACAGGCCUUUGGAAACUAAGACGUCCAACCAGUUGGAGAUGCUUGCAUUGGAGAAAACUCUAAUGGCUAAUAUAGUUGGAGUGCUAUCUCAUGAUACAAUGCUUGUUACCCUAGUAGAUGAUACUGUGAGCCCUCCCAUGGAUAUUGCAAGAAGAAUGAACCAGCUUUCUCAGCCCAGGAGUUCACAUGAGACAAAAGUUACGACGCCUGUACGGAAAGAGGCGCCGGAGCCAUUCAGUUCGCCCGAAGGCAGCGUGCCCGAUGAAGGACGAGCGAAAAGUUAUCGUCGUGAGAAAAGUUUCAAGGAGGACCGUCGACCGCCCAGGGAGCCUAACGAAGAUCUCCCGCAACGUGGCGGCAGUUUUCGCGGCAGAGACAACAAGGAGGGUUUCGAUAGAUCAGGCUCGGGCCGGUUCAGCGACAAGUUUGGCGGUCGAUCGGAGAGAGGCGAACGACGUGGAGGUGCUAGGCCCUGGGAGAACAAUGCACCGACUCCGGCCGCAGCUUCUUCGGAAGAAACACCGUCCGAGCCGAGAUCUGAACAGUCUAGCAGGCAACAAUACGGAAGAAGAAAACCUAGGUCGGACCAACAGGAGAAGCCCGGCGGCAAGCCUGCCUGGAGGAGGGACGCCGGCGUCGGCCAGCGCCUGCGCCAGGCCGCCGAGGCCGCGUCCGCUAUCGCCGUCCCUCUCUCGCACCGACACAAACGAGACAGCAGAUUCAAUCAGAGGGAAGACCGGGAGGAGAGGAAUGGCGACGACCGCGCGACCAGACCGCGUGAUGGGCGGCCGGAGCGUCGCGAACACCGACCUGAACACCGACCCGAACACCGACCUGAACAUCGCACGGACCGACGCGAGCACUGGGGCGACAAGAGGGACGCCCAGCGACACGACAAGCCCCGCAGCAACUUCACGCCACGCGAGCGCGCCGACCGGUCCUUCGCUUCGGACAGCGACAAGAGCUUCCGGUCCCAAGCUCGCGCCCCGCCCGCCUACCGACACCUGCCCGACCCCGUCCCGCCGGAGAUCGCGCGCUUCGCCGAGCCCGCCGUCCAACCCGACGCGCAACACGAGGUCUCCGUCACUUGGAUCGUCUCCCCGGAGAACUUCUACUGCCAGAUCCUGUCCGAGCAGCCGAGCUUCCUCGAAAUGAUGCACCGGAUCCCUGAACUGUACAAGGGCGUCAAGAACUACACGGGCCCCGUAGAUGUUGGCGCGUCUGUACUAGCGCGAUACCCGGUCGACGGAGUUCUGUAUCGAGCGACGAUUGUUGCGAUCCAACCUUUCUCAAAGUAUAUCGUUCGUUACGUUGACUUCGGUAACAAACAACUGGUGGACGCCAAGGACCUGUGGCAGCUAGACAAACAGUUAUUAGCACUACCGAAAAUGGCGGUACAUUGUUCUCUAGUCGGAGUCGUACCUAAAGAUGGCGAGUGGAAAGCGGAUCCCGAGAUAGAUUUGUGCUUCAACGCCCCUCGAUAUCAGUGCGUGUUCCAAGAUUGUUCCGAGGAACAAUAUAAGGUGUCACUGUGGAACAACGGUAUCAGCGUUGCGGACAUUCUAGUGGAAAAGCAACUCGCCAUAUUAUCUGAACAUCAGUCAUCUGUUACUUUAAAAGAUGAAGCUAUCGAUCUCAUGAUAAUUGUCGGGCAGCAGAUCCCAUGCAGAGUGACUCACGUUGAAUCUUUCGAAAAAUUCUAUGUGCAACUUGAUUUAGAAAAGGCUGCUUUGGUUGAGACCGCGAUUGCUGACUAUGACAGUACCAAGUUAACUCCUCUAAGUGCAGACAGUCUUUCGGAGGGUGUUCAUUGCACUGUAAAAUAUGAAGACAAAAUAUAUCGCGCCAUAUUAGAAGAUAUAUCGGAUACGUCGAAGAUAAAAGUCUCAUUGCCUGAUUAUGGAAACGAAAUUAUAACAAAACUUGAAAAUCUAAUGAUUUUACCAACAGAACUGAGCGUAUAUUAUUACCAAGCAUUGCAAUGUUGUCUAAACAACUACAGUUCUGAAUCGAAAACAUUAAUGACAGUGGAUGAAUUAAAACAGCGUCUAACCGGGAACAAAUUUAUAAUCUAUAUCAAUAGUGUAAAUGAAAUAUGCCUCUCUACAACUUUGUAUGACAGUAAAAGUGGUCAGAAAGUAUCAAUAUUUGAACCAGAUGAGGGAGCGUAUGAUGAAGUGAUACAACUAUGUGAGCGGUCCGUCUUUAAUUAUAACUUCGGACUUGCUUAUUUAUCGCAUGCAGAGAACUUAAACGAAAUAUACAUGCAAAAAGCCUCCGAUGGAGAUAAAAUCGCUCAAAUGCUCGAGGAUCUUUACAACUUCUAUGAGGAAGGAACGCCUGAACCGCUAACUAGCUUCGAGGUCGACGGUCUAUGUGCAGUUAAGUCUUCAGAUAGCAAUUGGUAUCGCGCCACGAUCUUAUCGAUUGACGACAAUGAUGUAAAGGUACAAUUCCCUGAUUACGGUAACUCUGAAACUGUACCAAAAGAGUCAAUCAAAAAAUUAGAUUGUAAAUUUUACGAGCCCUGCGCAUUAGCGCUGGAAGCAAGCUUGGGACUUGUUGCGUUACAAGAGGACACACUUCCGAAAUUGUUGGAAUGGACUAAUGAAAAAGAAAUACAGGUGACAAUUGCUUUUGGCUCUGAUGGAUGGCUCGCAAGUUUACAUAUAGAUGGUGUUGACUUGUCCAUGAAAUUGAUAAGUGAUAAGCUAGCAACACCACGAGUAGCUGUUGAAGAACAACCGAAAUCAGAACCUCCUCCAACAGAGGAACCCAUAUCAUUACCUGAAGGCUGCACUCAAGUUUAUAUUAGUCACAUUGAUUCACCUGGAUUAUUCUGGUUACAAAUGCUGGACAAAGUUGAGAAAAUUGAAGAGAUUCAGGCAGAAUUACAAGCCAAUUUCGAAAGUUACAAAGACAUUGAGAGUCGAGACUUGGGUACAUUAUGUGUCGCUAAGUAUAGUGCAGAUAAUCAGUGGUAUAGAGCUGAAAUACUUGAUUCCGAUGCGGAUAUCACUACUGUUCGCUUUAUUGAUUACGGUAAUACAGAUGUUUUGGACAAUGAGCCUGGUUUGAUAAAAGUCAUGCCAGAUAAUUUAAAGGAAAUAGAACGUUUUGUUUUAAAAUCUAGUGUUAACGCCAUACCUACUGGCACUGGACAGUGGUCUGAGCCAGCUUCUGACUACUUCACGGAGCUAGUAGGCGACCUCUCCGUGCCUGUAGACGCACGCAUCGUUCUCAAAGAUACAUUGACUUAUGUUGAUAUCUAUGUCAAUGGUCAAAAUCUCACAGACAAAUUGGUUAGCGAGGGUCACGCAACAAGGUCCGAGGAACCAGAAUGUGGAGAUUUGCCAUCAUGCUUUGCAAGUCACGUUAAUUCUCCUUCAGAAUUCUGGAUACAACUUGAAAGUGCAACUCCAGACUUGCAAGCUAUGGAAGCAGCCAUGGUAGAUGCUGAAAAUUUCCCUGAACUCACGGAUAAAGAAGAAGGUGUAAUAUGUGCAGCCAAGUACCCAGAAGAUGGAGAAUGGUACAGAGCUCAAGUUAUUGUAGAUGGAUCGGAAGGUACGGAAGUGCUUUUUAUGGACUAUGGCAAUGCCUCGAUUGCAAAUGAGCUCCGUAAUCUUCCCGAUGAACUUAAAUUAAAACCGGCCCUAUCGAGGAAAUGUGCUCUUCAAAAGCCUCGAAAUAUAAAGUCAUGGUCUCGAAAGUCAGAAGUAAAAUUUAAUGAAUUAGCUGCCGAGGGUGCUACUAUUUUUAAUGUCCAAUUUAUAGCAGCCGGUGAUAUAUCCAUAGUCGAAUUGUACCUUGAAGGUAAAUCAGUCACUGAAGAAUUACUAGGGCUUUGCGAUGACCAACCUCCUCCUCCUGAAAGACCCACACCCGUUGGACAAGAUUUACACUCUAACGGCAAAGUAUGUUAUGUAAAUUCAGUUGACGAAUUUUAUGUUCAAUUAAAUGAUUCUGUGUCUAAUCUUGAUAAAGUCAUAGAGAAAUUGGAGAUUGCAGAAGAAUUUGAUGAAGUGAUAGAUCUGCGAGUCGGCUCAUUAUGUGCUGCGUUUUGGUCAGAAGAUGAACAUUGGUAUAGAGCAAAAGUAUUAGAAUUCUGUGACGUAGGUUACCAUGUCCAGUUCAUAGAUUACGGAAAUAAAGCAAAAUGUGAGGAGUUUAGACAACUUCCUGAAGAUAUUGCUUUAAUAGAUCCUUUAGCUAAGUGUUGUCGUUUAGCUGGGGUGCCAAAUGAUACCAGCUUACAUGAAUCUGGACGAAAUAAACUUGACGAAUUCGCAGCUGAGGAUGCGACAUUCGAAAUAGAAUUUUUAGAUAGCACCAAGGAACCAAUUCUUGUUAAAAUGUUAAUUGACGGAAAAGACGUAACAACUACUUUCUCAAAUGAGGCAACUAAUAUCGAAAGUGUAAAUAUAAGUGGAACUGAAAAAACUGACUUAGUAAUAUCAAAAUGUACUAAUUUUGCUACAAAUCUAGAGGAAACUACCCUUACUGCCGAAAAUAAAUGUGACAAUGAUGAAACAGAUAUUUUAACUUCAAGCAACUCCGAAAAACCAUUGACUGAAUUGAGCCAAGAAAAAUAUACUACCGAACUUAACACUUCAUUACCAGAUCUUGAUGAGAGCUUAGACAGUACUGGUACAGUUAUCGAGAACAAGUCCUUUGAAGAAAAAGCAGACUGUGCAAGCGACGUCUUUUUGGAAAAAGAAAGCACUAGAGAAGAAAUUUUAAGUUCUUCAGUUAAUAAUGAAUUCACAGAUAUUACACAUAAUGAAUCCACAGAUAUUACAGAAAUUUUAAGUUCUUCAGUUAAUAAUGAAUUCACAGAUAUUACACAUAAUGAAUCCACAGAUAUUACACAUAAUGAAUCCACAGGUAUUACACUCAAAUCAGAGGAAACUGUAACAACACCCGAUAGUGAUGAAUCUAAAAAAGAUGAGUCUAUUUCAGACACUGGGUAUGCAAGUGCAAUAGAUCAAAAGGUUUCUAAAAAAGAUUUAGGGUCGUCAAACGAAUCUGAAUCACCCAAUGACACAAAAUUGUCAAAGGAAUUAGUAGAAUUAGAAUUAGAAUCGUCAAGUAAAGAAACCGAAAGCAUCACUGUUGCAGGAGAAAGUUUAGUUGAAGAUAAAGCUAAGGCUGUUGUGGCUGAUGGAAAAUCAGUAAGCACAGAGGUACACAAUACUGAAAAAAGUGAAAGUGAAAAAUAACUAUGUAUAUUUAGUGUUAUUUAAAUAUCAUUGACCUUUUAAAGCAAUAUAAAGAUUAUUAUGUUCCAGAACAUUUCAAAAGUGUUUGUACCAUUUGUUUCUUAAUGACUGGAUUUCCUUACAGUUGUGUAUGUCAUAACAUUUUUUUAAGCUUAAUAUGUUUAAGCCUGUGUUGUUAAAUUUAUUAUUUAAGGUUUAUUUUUAUAACUUUAUAAGAAAAGACAUAUUCCUGAUUUUCAAAUGCCCAGUUAAUAGAUUAAUGUAGUGUUUCAUUUGGAAUUAUCUUAUAUCGAAUCAUAAAAAUACUCAUUAUUAGUUAUACUUUGAUAACUUGACGUAUUCAGUGUCCACAGUUAAUAUCUCACUACAUUCCUCAAUAUUUAACGUGUAUCUUAUAGAACCAAUACCCCUUUUUGUUAAAAUUGCUGAUACUCUAAUAAUAUAGUGCUUGCUGAUUCAGUAGACAUAUAUUAUAGUAAGUAAACGAAGUUGUGUAUUUACCCAAAUAAUAUUAUAGUCAUAUGUUUUAUUCAAAGUUAAAAAUAAACUAUGAAUGUGUCCAUUUUU